AGUGCAGUAAAGCUAGCCAUGCUGUAGUGGGAUCUCUCUCCAUUCUACUGUGCCACCAUUGCUGCAGCCUGCAAAGAUCAGACGAACAUAAACUGCAGGGGCCAGGAGCCAGGCCGGACUAGUUCGUGGUAGAUGGACGCCGCAGAACAUCACAUGGAGAUGGAGAUCAAGGAGGAGGAGGAGGAGGAAGCAGCGGAGGUGAUGGACAUGACGACGACGGUGCUCUCUCCUCGGUUCAGGAGGAUCUGCGUCUUCUGCGGAAGCAGCCAGGGGAAGAAGAAGACCUACCAGGAUGCUGCCGUCGAGCUCGGCCAGGAGCUGGUCUCAAGGAACAUUGAUCUGGUCUACGGCGGGGGAAGUGUCGGGCUAAUGGGCCUGGUCUCUCGAGCAGUCUACAAUGGAGGGAGGCACGUCAUAGGGGUGAUUCCCAAGACCCUCAUGCCUAGAGAGAUUACAGGUGAGACGGUUGGGGAGGUGAAGGCCGUGGCAGAUAUGCAUCAGAGGAAGGCUGAGAUGGCCAGGCAAUCUGAUGCCUUCAUAGCACUUCCUGGAGGCUAUGGAACCCUUGAAGAGCUGCUGGAAGUGAUCGCUUGGGCGCAGCUUGGCAUUCACGACAAGCCGGUACUGCUAGCUAGUUAUUCGUUGUCUGCAACUCAUUUACUGAAGAUUCAUGUUGUAGUGCGUACCACUGUCGUCAAAAAUGUUUUUACAACUGUACUGGGGGCGGUGCUACAACUACAACAGGUUGGGCUGCUAAAUGUGGACGGAUACUACAACUCCCUCCUAUCCUUCAUCGACAAAGCUGUAGAGGAAGAGUUCAUCAGCCCGACUGCUCGCCACAUCAUCGUCUUGGCACCGACACCGAAAGAGCUGCUCGACAAGUUAGAGGAGUAUUCCCCCCAGCACGAGAAGGUGGUGCCGAAGACGAAGUGGGAGAUGGAGCAGCUGAGCUACUGCAAGAGCUGCGAGAUCCCGCCGGGGCUCAAAGAAGGGAAGCCGGUGGUCAUCCAAGCACAGCGAGGAGCCAUGCUCUGAAUUAAUGGCGUUAGCUCUAUUACGUACGUACGUACUAGCCAGUAACCAUUUAGCUUUUUCUCUGCAGACCUGCGAAAUUAAUUAAAGUGGUGGUGUAGGAAGAUUCAGAACUUGAGAUUAUUUAGCAAGGGUGCGCAAGCAAGCUGCAUGCAGAGAGAACCGCUCCACUUCAGAUUGCUUUAAUUCCUGUAACUUCAGUAGGAUGUGCCUAAUGUUGGGAUGUGUCGACUGAUUAAUAUAAUCUAGUAUUGGCUAUGUAUCAGCUGUAUUAAUUCUGCAGAGAUGAGAUUUUUAUGUGGGUUAAUUCGAGUUUCUAGUAGCAAAUGAGCUGCUACUGGAUUA